GCCAUAUUGUUUAACAAUUGAGGAGGGCUCAUGUCUAUUCUUGUCCCUAGAGCCACAUGUUUCUUUGACGAGAUGGAGCUGGUAUCUAAACUCCCAGUCAUUCGUGACGCUUCUCGUUCAGCUCUCGUUCCUGCUUGUGCGCUAGUGAAAACCAACCGUACCUAAACCUGCCUUUAGUCUUCAUGUUUUCUUUAUAAUGCACUACAGCUAGGGUAUUGCUGGCUUUUUUGUUUUCUUUCAAAGAUUACACCUAAGUAAGGUCUACAUUGAUGAAAACCUGUACGAAAUAAUGGAGAGAACAAUUCAAUCGCAUGAAAACUCGAACAUUAAAUUCAGAAACAAUUUAAUUGUCGUUUAAUCUUAUGGCGAAUAGAAACAAUCAAUGACACUGAUCCUUUAUUUCAUUUGUUUUUCUCUUUUCUUUAAGCUGACGGUGUUGAAAUGUCGCCAACGUCAAGUUAUGUCGUAGGUGGCCCAAGUGCGUCCCGUUCGACGGAUAGGCGAAGCUAUGGCAUGGAGUCUGUCGAAGAUGAUCCCUUCAUUUUAGCUGCAUCCACACAUUCUCUGAAAUCGAUUGGCGAUAGCAAGAAAACGAACAAUGCCAAUGUUAACUAUGGUUACUCGUCAGAAGAUUCUGUCCGACCUCAGCCUGAAAUGCUACUUAAGCCAGGGUCACGUGUCUCAAGCAACAAGCCUACUGCACAGAGCACGGGAGAGGUCGUUGCAAAUUCGUCAUACCUCGUUAGAGGACCACAGAGAGACUUGAACACACUACCCCUGCCUCAAGAACCACCAUCUUUUGAGCAAGCCAUGCUUCAGUCUGAAACAAAUGGAAACCUUACAGAGCCUGGUAAGGGAAGAUAUGCAGGCCGCAGACCAAAACCCUCACAGGCUACCAGUGGCUCAAUCAGAGGGCUCCUUGAUCCAACGGUAAUUUAUGCCACGCCAGAAAAGAAGAAUAAAUCCAGUAAGCCUUCUGCGGAACUCCAUGGACUAGCACCAGGGAACCCCCCACAGUAUAAUCAAACAGAGAGAUCAGGAGGCUCCAUGCUGCAACAAGUGGAUUUAGCUUUGGAUGAUCCUUCCAAUCUGCCUGCUACCGAGAAUCCUCUAAGAAACGAGGCAAUGUCCAACAUCAACAAACACGAACCACAUUAUCAUCUGCCUGAGCCUCCUGCAAAUUUUAAGUCAGCCGUCGCCAGAGAUUCAAGAGCUGAUUCCAACGGCGCCAUACUGAAUCCGCCAGCAUCUACAGCCCGGAAAAAACUUCCGUAUUUCAAUGUUCAUGGUCAACUCGUGAAGCCUGCACUGCAAGACUCAGGUGAUGUUCAGAGACCAGAAUCUUCACGAACGACACAAAACACGCUCAGCCCAGACCCAGGUAUACCUCUAAACCAAGUGCGGCAGCGAGGGUCUGAAUCCGAAGAUAGAGAUGAACAAGAAAACGAGUAUAUUCACGUGGUGUAAGGAAAAAGAUGACGUGACUUUGACAGAAGGAAAUAGAUAUCCGUGUAUUGUCCACGAGGUUUAUUUCCGUCUCAGGAGGAAAGAAAUAAAAGAAAAAAAAAUCGAAAUGCC